CAAUCGCUCUACAUUCUCUAUACACAUAACAAAAGCUAGAACACUUAUUGUGAGAUAGACCAUGUCAGGCGUUUGGGUGUUCAAAAACGGAGUGAUACGUCUAGUAGAAAACCCAAACCAGUCCGGUGGAGUAACACACGGUCGGAGGAAUGUGUUGGUUUACUUGCCGACAGGUGAAGUAGUCUCUUCUUACUCGUCACUCGAACAGAUCCUAAUGAGUCUCGGAUGGGAGAGAUACUUCAAUGGAGACCCUGAUCUCAUUCAAUACCACAAACGUUCCUCCAUCGACCUCAUCUCAUUACCAAGAGACUUCUCCAAGUUCAACUCCGUCUACAUGUAUGACAUCGUCAUCAAGAACCCUAAUACCUUCCACGUCCGUGAUUUCCACUGAGUUAAUCUACGGAUAAAUUCUCGACCAAUCGGUUUAGUUUGCGUUUGUUUUGUUCCAACCGAGAAGUUCCAGAUAAUAUAUAACUCAAAUGGAAUCUGAAGUAAUCAUGUAAAUUACGUACUGGCCAAAAGAGAAGAUGUGUGCAGCUCUUUGAAUUCGCGAAACAAUGAGAUGGCUAUUGGAGUAUCAUCACUUAGUUUGUGUUUGUUUAUAUGUUAAUAUGUACUUUAUUUUCGGGAUUGGUUUAAUUAUCUGUUCAAGUUUGUUGCAUAUGCAUACGGUUGUAUCUUCAUCUUUGUGAGGCUUGUGUGAACGUUUAAGAGUAGUGUUGUCAAAAGGUGGCACAUUACUUGUAGCCGUCGUUGAUUAGUUUGUUUUGUAGCUUUGAAAUUGUGGUGAUCAAUGUAAGUUCUUUUUUUUCUUUUGUUAAGAAAGUUGUGUUACAAAAAAAACUUUGGGUUAUAUAUAUAUAUUCGACUCGCAU